CGUACUUUUAGGACAUACACUUCUCACAAUAUCCAGCUGAUACGACCAUAUAUCCAGACAGCUUUGAUUCUAUCAAAUAUUCAUUUGUUUUCGUCCAUCAUAGUGAUGUAAAUUCGAGACCAGCCCACUACUCUUAGUUCGCGUUCUUUUUUUUUUGUUUUUGUUUUCGGUUUUCUUUUGUUUUGGUUCGGUCAGUUAUUGGCUUCAACAGCCAACAGCAGUAGGCUUCGAUUCGCGCUAUUCGUUUGUUUGAAGAAAGGAAGAAAAACAAUAUGACGAUCGUCACAGGAUCCACACAGAAAAUCCAUCAAGGAAGCGACGUGUUUCAGUAUUUAGCAGCAGUAACAUGUACAAUCAACGUAAUAGUCAGUGGCAUGCACUACGGCUGGACAUCACCCUCUCUACCCAAACUCAUCUCCAACUCAUCCUCAAUCCCAGUGACCAAUGACCAAGGGUCCUGGAUGGCAGUCAUGCCACUUUUGGGUGCCCUGAUUGGCUCACUCCUCGUAGGCGUCACCGUCGACAUUUUUGGCAGAAAAAGAACCAUCAUCAUGUCUUCCAUACCAUAUUUCUUUACCUGGAUCAUGAUAGCUUUCACCAACUCAGUCACUGUCAUCUACAUAGCUCGGUUUAUUGCUGGAAUAGCUGAUGGUUGGGUUUUUACAGCCGUUCCCAUGUAUAUUGGCGAAAUCUCUGAUCCAAAAAUACGAGGAUUACUAGGUUCUGGAGUUAGUGUAACCUGGAUUUUCGGAAUUCUUCUCAUAAACAUCAUCGGAUCAUAUCUCAGUGUCAGCAUGGCAGCUUUGGUUAGCAGCUCAUUACCAAUUCUAGCUUUAGUUACCUUUGUAUUUAUGCCAGAAUCUCCAUAUUAUUACUUAAUACGAAACAACAUUUCUGAAGCAAAAAAUAGCUUACAAAAACUCAGAGGUUUGAGAGACAUAGAAAGCGAAUUAAACCGACUGAGUUUAGCGGUGAAAUCUGAGAUAAAAGGUUCAGGAAAGUUCUUCGAUUUGUUCACCAAAAAAACCAACAGGAAAGCUGUAUUGAUUAUGGUGAUUCUACGUGGAGCUCAGCAACUCAGUGGUACGACAGCAGUAACCUUCUAUACCCAAAGUAUUUUUAUUGAAGCUGGUGAUCAUAUUUCAUCAGAAUUAGCUACAAUAAUCUAUUUUACUGUGCAGCUAGUCUGUGCAUGCUUCUGUUCGAGCAUUGUGGACAAGGCUGGAAGAAGACCUUUGCUGAUAGCUUCCAUAACAGGCUCAGCAAUAUGCCUUUGCAUUGAAGGGGUGUAUUUCUAUAUCAAAUCAUGCACAAAUAUUGAUGUAACCCCGUUCAGUGUGAUGCCUGUAGUAGCUUUAAUAGGAUUUGUAGUUGUAUUCUCGUUGGGGAUGCAAACUAUCCCAAUUCUGAUGUUAGGUGAGCUUUUUUCACCAAGCGUCAAGGCUUUUGCACUGUGCUUUGCUGAUAUCUACUUUGCCGUUAUAGCAACGAUAGUUUCGAAGUUUUUCCAGAUAAUGAAAGACUCAUAUGGCAUGUACGCUCCGUUUUUUGCAUUUUCACUCAGCUGCAUCAUUGGAUUAGUACUUAUUACAUUUUUUGUACCUGAAACCAAGGGAAAAACCUUGGAGGAUAUUCAGGCGGGGUUUAGAAAUGACAGGAAGUUAGUGACAAAUGAUGUUCCUGGUGAUUCUGAAAGUAUUUAACAUGUUUCAUGUGAUUUUUUUAUAAACAAAAUGACGUACUGAGUCUUAGAAUUAAUGUAUUUUAAUAUGUAUGAAUGAUUAUUGUAAAAGUGCAAAUGUUUGUUAGAUUUAAUAUUGUAAAGUAAGGUUUAUUUAUUAAUUUUAUAGCUAAUAUAAGUAAGAUUUAUGUAUUUCUAGGUUUUAAGUUUUUUAUAUUUAAAUAAAUUGAUUUUUCGUAGUAAAA